GGUGGGGAUAUCAGCCUGUCGAUCGCAGAUAAAAAGUGGCACUAAUCUAGAAACAGCAGGAUGGUUGUUCGCGCUAAGUGUAAGGCUUGUAAAAGUGAAUUAAUUACAGUGGGGCGAUUGGCUGUGUCAGUGCGCUAGUGGCAGGCUCCCAUGAUCUACUCUCUGGUCGACCAGUCUGAACGGGUCGGAUACUUCAACCCGACCAAUGGUUAGGCCAAUAAAAGUGCACUGGCGUUGUUGUAUGUGAUCAUACUACGUCUAGUACUUUUCCAAUCCUGUACUCCGUACGUCAAGAACCAGAGACACAGGAAAAAGGUCGAGGCUUCAAUCCAUUCCAUAUUCCUUCUACUGGAAGCUAAUUACUAGUAGUAUACAACCAGAACUCUCGACGGCACGGGCACACUUCCCAAUAGGUAAGAAGUUAAUUUAAGUUAAAGUGAGCUGAAUCAGUGUCAGGAAUAUCCUAACCAAGGUACCAAUAUCAUCUUUUUCUGCGAGCUGCCCGUUCCCAGAUGGGAACUAUAGAGCGAGAGUAUUUGGAAUAACCGGCGACUGAUGAUGCCCGCAGAAGAUUUGACCAUAUGCCUCCUUCUGUGCACUGAUUCAUCUGAUACCAGAAAUGAGAGACACGAUGGGGAAAUCGGUAAACCCCGUUUGGUCCCGUUUGGAACCACUUCAAACAUGGAACUGCCAGCACCCGAUCCGCUGAGCCCAACAGAUUCUUGCUCAUCGAGCUCUGCCCGUCGAUGCCGUCCCUAUGAUGGCAAGUCCGGUCUGGUAAGGUUUUUACUAGCGGUGAUCUACUGGUUCUACUGUGGAGAAAGCAGUACGGGAUCACUCUCUGUGUACAUAUGGCGGGUACACACAACGUGCGGGAGGAAUGCUGGAGCAGGGUACCGUGGUUGCAUUCGCACGAUUUACUAUUCUCCACGAUGUGCUUCCGAUGGGUGAAGAGACUGCUGUCCCGUCUUCCUAAUGUACA